AUGAAUCCUAAUUUAAAAAUCCCUUCAUACCACAGGACAUGUUUUCCCGGAAUCGAAUCGUCACUUACAGCGUCAGCUGCUUGUCCUCCUCCAACUAUCGACGCUGGAGUGUCCCAGCUUUCGCGUGAUGGCGUCGCCGCCAAAUGUACGACAGAAAACCAUUCCAAAUCAACAAGAUCGUCAUCCUGUCAAAAGGAAAUAGCUGUCCCUCGUGCGGAGCUCCCCCAUGGGCAAAGUGGACGACAUGCUACACCCACCACCUCAACGCAGGGACGUCACGACGACGAUACAGGGGUAAGUGAGGAUAGCGAAGAUGAAUUUGUGUAUAUGCUUCAGAAUGCCAAAAGUACGACUCAGGCGAUUGAAAUGAUCCGCAGGAUUCAGCGCACACGUCGCUUUACGGUGACCGCGUUAUCUUCUCGUGUGUGUAGUUCCUACUCUCUGGAUUCAAGUGAAAAAAUCAAGAGAUCAGUCUCUCCCGCAUCGCAAUGCUCUCGCUUGAGUGAGGACAUAAAGAAAAAAGACCAACAGGGUGUCGAACUUCCCGAAACGAUCCUCGACUUUCAGACCGCCCCAGCCUACACCGUAUCAUUGACAGCUGCGCGUGAAGCCAUCUUCGAGGAUGCCCUCUCGGGUUUUCGUUCAUAUUUAGAGCAGGAGGAUCGAAAGAUGGAAGCAUUUCAUCUAUAUAGUCUACGUCGAAGCGCGCAGGAAAAAGGUUCACCGAUAGACUACGAACGGACGUUUUGUACCCAUAAUGGUGUGCCCUGCGUAACAGUGGUACCCGUUUACUCCUCAGAAAACGCCGAGAUUCAGACCCUGCAAGAGCGAUCUCAAAGUCAAAGUGGUUCAAACCCGCCUGGCCCUGUUACUUUUAGGCAAGCUCAACAAUUCAACAGAAUCACAGAAAAGAAUAUUCCAGAGAGAGGUACUUCGACUUCGUGUGAGUCUUUGGAGCAACAAAUGCAAGGGCAGUACCAGCAAAGCUGUGUGAAAUCUUCAGAUUUCCCUUUAAAUAGCUCUAGUGACUGUAAUGUACAAGAAAAUAAAGGCACAUGCCCAGCUGCCAAAGUUAGGACACUCUUAGAUGAUCAAUCCCAAUCUUCAUAUCCUUUGCAUUAUCAAGAGGAAGGGCUAGAGACUAGUUGCGUUCAAAAGAGUCUUCCCAACAAAGAAGGGGAUACUGCAUGCUUGAGGGAUGAUAUUUCCCGAGAUCCUCAGCUUGGGCGCCCCAAUGAGGAGCAAAGAGAUACAUGUGAUGCUCAAUACAACAACAAAAAAGGAGGAGUGGAUGAGGCUAGUCAUGAGGAUGCACAGCAACUGGUAGACCUUGUCGAGCAAGAAUUCAUGCGGGUGCAAGCACCGCAAUUGUUUCAAUAUCGCUAUCCGUUGGAAAUUCAGGUUGCUACGGAACCCGGUAACCGCGCCUCAACCUUCCGCACAGCAUUAUACGCCUCGCGAUCCUAUUCAAUUCAUCAAUAUCGUGGCAGUAGUAGUUAUAGACCUGUGAACUUCCACCUGGAAAGGGAAAGAAUUGAUCAGGGCGGUCACAUAACCAGGCCCUUCAACAAGGUUCGCGGGGAGUGGAUCUACGUUUGGGAGCAGUUCAAGCGUGACAUUCACCGCGAGACGCUCCUAAUCGAGGAAGUAAACUACCGCGACCCCAACGAAGCGGUGGCAGCCAUCAUUAGUUACCUGGAGUACUGUUACGACCGUGGUCAGGCAGUAUAUCUGAAGCGCAAGGCAGAGUCCGAAGAAGAGGAAAGGCUCGCGCGCGAGGUGCAGCGCAGCGAAGGGGACAACCGAUUUUUCAGCCUCCUGUUCAGAGAAGGUGCUGCAGCAAUUAAGGAAACUGUCGAAAACGCGCGAAAGACGUUGACGGGUCUUCUCUCCGCCACCGGUGUGGAUCUUGCGGCUCAGCGUCCCACUCUUGUCUACUCGCAGGAUCCGCUGAUUAGGGCCGUAAAGAUCUUCGACGCGGCUCGUGAGGUCAUCCUGGCCUCACAACAAUCGUUCAUGGGUUUUCCUUACCAACUGCUCUGCGAACAGCUGGGUACUUCGCGGUUGCCCAUGAUGCUGGAGGAAUUCACGCGGAUGGAAGAGGCUAGCGAAGAGGAAGAAAAGGAAGAGGUGCUGGCUUCCUUUUCGCCCCCGCGCGAGCUGUCAGGUUCGCCGCAUCUCAGCCAAUAUGUGGGGCAAUCUGGUGAUGUGAAUGGUCCCACUUCGGGAGCGAUUAACACGAGAGAGGCCUCGCUUGAUAGAGAAGACGGGGCUAAUGCAGCAGGUUUGAAAGUGCAACAAAGAGAAAUGCAAAGGCGGGAUCGGGAGCUCCGGCGCCGCCAAAUGCAAGAGGAGCGAAUGAAGCGACUCCCUCUCUUAGUGGGGGAACCCCGUACAGCUGAGUUCAAGGCUUUUCUGAGUCACGUACGGUCACGUGUUGCUUGCAUGAAUGCAAAAGACGCCCGCUACGAUAAGAAGGAAACGCUAACCAGUGGAAGCUCCGUAACCGACCCACUUGCUAAUGAGGCUAAUCCAAAGGAAGAUGGUUUUACCUUCAACCAAGAGAAAGGGAGAGGCGAUUCUAAGAGCAGCUUGUUCAGAGACGAUGUAGGGAGCUCCGUCUAUCUCAUUCCCAUAGAUCGCAAUACAGAUGCACGGAGUAGUGCUUCGGACGAGCCCAGUGGGGGUGAGUCUAGAGAGUCUUCCGAACAAGGUGUGCGAAUACAUUUGCACUUCCACAAGUUGCGUAAUGUGCCCGUAAUAUGCGUCAGCAAGCUUUUCCGUCUCCUUACGGUACCGGGGUUUGCGCUGUCAGCAGAGAUUUCAAGUGAAUCUUUUGAGGCCGUGGACUUGGAGAAGGGUGGCCAAGCGGGUUCUGAAUCCAUCCCAUUUCUUAAGGAAGCUGAAGAAGGGAUGCCGAAUGCAAGCGAAUCUCGCAAUAAGCAGCAUUUGCCUUCAUCGUCAUCAACCACGCAAUACAAGCAAGAGAAAGGUGUGGAAAAGAGUUUACUGAUUUUAAUUCAAGUACAGUUCACUCUUUUUACAAAUGAAGAAGCAGAAGUUCGAUGGAGAUGGUACCAUGUGUAG